CGGGGAGGUAGCGGGGGGCGGGCGCAGGCCGGAGCGGGGCUGUACUGGCGCUGCCUCCCGCUACCCGCGGUGCUGCGGGCGGGACGUGCUGCGGGCGGAGGGUCCCCGCGGGGUGACAGCGUGACCGGCCCACGGCCUCACCCCCCCCGCCGCCGCCUCCUCGCCGGGAGCGAACACAGCCCCGCCGCUCCUCUCCUCGCCGCCCUUGCUGCUUCGGGGGUCGCGGGAGACUGCAAAAUGGCCGACGGGCGGGACGACGCCGCGGACCAGCUGAAGCAGUGGAAGAGCCACCGGGGCUCGCAGACCCCAGAUGUCCUGACCACGGGUGCUGGGAACCCCAUUGGGGAUAAGCUGAAUAUCCUGACAGUGGGCCCACGGGGGCCUCUUCUUGUCCAAGAUGUUGUUUUCACUGACGAGAUGGCUCACUUUGACAGGGAGAGGAUUCCUGAGAGAGUUGUGCAUGCAAAAGGGGCAGGAGCCUUUGGCUAUUUUGAAGUCACUCAUGAUAUCACUCAGUAUUGUAAGGCAAAGGUGUUUGAACACAUUGGGAAAAGGACUCCGCUUGCCAUCCGCUUCUCCACUGUUGCUGGAGAAUCUGGCUCAGCUGACACAGUUCGUGACCCCCGAGGCUUUGCCAUGAAGUUCUACACGGAGGAUGGGAACUGGGAUCUUGUGGGAAACAACACUCCCAUCUUCUUUAUUCGGGAUGCAAUGUUGUUUCCAUCCUUCGUCCAUAGCCAAAAGAGGAACCCUCAGACUCAUCUGAAGGAUCCAGACAUGGUGUGGGACUUCUGGAGUCUUCGGCCUGAGUCUUUGCAUCAAGUGUCUUUCCUAUUCAGUGAUCGUGGCAUUCCCGAUGGCUAUCGCCACAUGAAUGGAUAUGGAUCACACACCUUCAAACUGGUUAAUGCUGAUGGAAGGGCAGUUUACUGCAAAUUCCAUGCCAAGACUGACCAGGGCAUCAAAAACCUUUCUGUGGAAGAAGCAGGAAGAUUGGCUUCUACUGAUCCUGAUUAUGCCAUACGGGACCUUUACAACGCCAUUGCCAAGGGGAACUAUCCUUCAUGGUCCUUCUACAUUCAGGUUAUGACCUUUGAAGAAGCAGAGAAGUUCCCAUUUAAUCCUUUUGAUGUGACUAAGGUUUGGCCUCAUGGUGACUACCCUCUCAUCCCUGUGGGAAAGCUGGUCUUGAACAGGAAUCCUGUCAACUACUUUGCAGAGGUGGAACAGAUGGCUUAUGACCCUAGCAACAUGCCCCCCGGAAUUGAGCCCAGCCCUGACAAAAUGCUGCAGGGACGCCUCUUCUCGUAUCCUGACACCCACAGACACCGCCUGGGCCCCAACUAUCUCCAGAUCCCUGUGAAUUGUCCCUUCAGAGCCAGGGUGGCCAACUACCAGAGGGACGGGCCAAUGACUGUUUCUGACAACCAAGGUGGUGCCCCAAAUUAUUACCCAAACAGCUUCACUGGUCCCCAGGACGUGCCCCAGCUCAGGGAGAGCCGCAUGUUUGUGUCAGGGGAUGUGCAGCGCUUCAACAGUGCCGAUGAGGACAACGUGACCCAGGUACGGGAAUUCUACCUCAAAGUGCUGAACGAGGAAGAGCGCCAGAGGCUGUGUAAAAACAUUGCAGAGCAUCUGAAGGAUGCCCAACUCUUCAUUCAGAAACGAGCUGUGAAAAACUUCAAUGCUGUUCAUCCUAAAUAUGGAGCCCAUGUCCAGGCUUGGCUGGACAAAUACAAUGCUGAGGGUGGGAAAAAGGAUGUAAUUAGAACAUACACACAGUCCACAACUCGUGUGUCUGUCAAGGAGAGAUCCAACCUGUGAGUCAGAAGAGAUCUGCUCUGAAUUUUGCGUCCUUCCAGCUGCACAAGAACCUGUCCAACACUUCAAUGAAUGUAGCAGACCUGGGCCCAAGCCCUGAGUGUUUCACAGGUGUGAUUUACUGAGCUCUCAAGUGCUGUCUGUACUGGAAACCAGGUAACACAAGCUCCAAUCCCAGUGCCUUUUAACACUAGUGCUUUACUGCUUGAUGAUAACUCACGGGAUUUUUAAACAACUCAUGAUGAGAAAUUGUCUUAGCUUCUAGCAGCAAACAGAAAUGUAAUCAAAAUACUGCUUCAUUUCUUUUUGUUGUGCAACUUUCCUGGCUCAACCACACAGUAGAAUUUCUAUAAGGACACUGUGAUUGCCCUCAUGGAGAAAACUGUUAAAAAGUUGAUGCUGUUCAGUAUUUCUAAUAAAAUAAUUAUCUGUCUGUAUGUGUAAACUCAUCCCUUGUAUUUCAUUUUUGGCCUUCCAGAAGUAAAAUGAUACACAGUAGUUAACUACAAAGCUUAAUCUAAAUAUAGUUCAAUUGUAUUCCUAAUAUAUAUUUUAAGAUAAUCUUUCCUUACUAAUGUGGUGUUGGGAUAUAACUGACAUAAGGGAGGUGGCAAAAGAUGUUUUCUUAUGCCAUACACUGUUUAACUAAUUGGAUUACACCUUACAGCCCUUUCAGGGGUAGGAGAGUAAAUUGUUCUUUCUAAUCUGUAAGCAUUUAAAUAGAAAAAUAUUAAAGUGCCAAAUAUUUGAGAAAUAAACCUUCAAAUGUGUGAAUAUUGAAAUUCAAGAACUUUGAAAACUAUUCCCAGUGGUUGCUGAAAUGGUUAUUUUACUGCAAUAAUCUGCUGUUGCUGUUUCUUCAUCAAGCCAGGGCUAAUUUUCAGGGUGACCCUUUGAUUAAAGCAGCAUUUUUGUAUGAAUGUAGAUGUCUAGAAAAUAUGUCUAAAACCUGAUUUGAGGCAUGUUAUAAUGUUACUUGGCAUCUGCAGUUUAGUUAAAUUGUGCAAAAAGAAAUUGGGACCUCAGUUAUGGGAUAAUUAUUGUCCAAACUAAAUGCAAAGCAUUUCAGAACCCAGCUACUGCUCUUAACUCAGGCAAAUGUAAAAAAUUCAAACCAUAGCAGUUUUGGGGGUGAUUUGUCAAUAAUCACUGCAUUUCUGGGUCUGCCUUGAGUUGUAUUUUGACUUCCUGAUUUAAGUGUAAAUUCCCAGCAAUGGUGGCAAGUCAAGAAGAGUAGAUACUAAAUGCCAUUCUGUUAAAUUUUGGAGAAUGUGACUUGCUCUGCAAUUCAUUUAUCUACCAAUCUAUUGUGAAAAAUCAGCGGGGGUAGAGGUGCAGUAAAAUAUGAAGGAAUAACCUACUAUAUUCUGGGAUUUCAUUGGCUUUUGAACUGAUCAGACACGUGGGAUUACAUGAUUGGGUAGGAAUAUUUUUUGCUGGAACAGAGAAUCCUAAUGAAUUUUGGAGAAGAGUAAACAAGGCCUGAUCUUGUGAUUUUGGUUGUAUCUGCUAAGUGAUUUAUGUUGUUGUCUUCUUUUAUUUCUGAAAUAAAUGGAGUGAAAAAUC